AUGCAAAAUUUGCCUUUAGGAGACCCGAUUCUCAAGGGGCCACUCAAGGUGGCUUGCAUCCAGAUGCCCAGCUACCCUGACAACGGUGGCAUCUCAUUCCACGAGUCCUACACCCUCUCUGCGGGAGCGCAGGUGACCGUUGUGGAAAUCGAGGGCUAA